UCUAGUUGGAUUUAAACACUCAGUUCAGACCCAGAGGAAGUUCUCAACCACAGGAAGGGCUGGUAAUGUCUAAAGGUGUAACUAUACAAUGAAGAGGAAGACUGACAGAAACAGAAAAUGGCUGAUGAGUGUGAUCUGUGUCUGCUGGGACUGAUCAUUCUCUCUUCACUUCUCACAGAUACCAGUGGAGUGAAUGUGACUCAUGUGUUCAUCAGUUCUGGUGAAAAUGUCCGUCGGCCCUGUAAUAAUGAUCUUUCUGACUGCACAUCAACUACAUGGACCUAUUUCAGACGUUCAGCAGCAGUUGAACUGAUUACUGAAGGGAUAAAGAAGAAAGACACAGAGAGACAUGAGAGUCUGAGUCUGGGGUCUGACUGCUCUCUGAACAUCAAGAACGUCACAGAAGAAGAUUAUGGAUUUUACACCUGCAGACAAUAUGAGAAUGGAGGAAAACAAUUAACUGAUGCAUGUGUUUCUCUGCAUGUUCUUCAUGUGUCUCCAUCAUCAUCUUCAUCAUCAUCAUCAUCCUCACAGACCGAGAUCAGUCCAGGCCGCUCUGUGACUCUCUCCUGUCAGUUGUAUUCAGUCUUCUGUGAUUAUUGGGUCGAUUCCGAUGGACUUCAUCUGUUGUGGGUGAAUCAAACUGGUGUUGAUCUGACGACAGACUCAAAAUAUCAGAUAUUAUUCUCAUUGGAUCACUGUAACAUCACUCUGACUACAACACUCCUGAAUGACGAUGACAACAGAGAGUGGAGAUGUCAGCUUACUCACAGAAAUCAACUCCAGACCUCCGUCAGAUACACUGUCAAUGGAUUCAACAACACUGGUUCCAGUCAGCAGCUCAAACUCUGA